AUGCAGCCAGGUCGGCCGACUGGCCCACAAUUGCCCAGCAUCCGAGACUUGCACCCGUAUUUGCCUCCGCCUUCAGGCAUAAUCCCUGCGAAGACUCCUCCGCUUGUCCCCCCGUCGACCUCUGCAGCACCGCCUCCGAAUUUCGUUGGCCAGCAACGUCGACCAUCAUCUGAUGCGGGGUCGCGCGACAACGAGCAUGAAGACGACAAUCACAAGCGACGAAAAGACGACGAUCCCGAUUCGGACAGCGAGCCGCCCCGGAAAAAGCGCAGGAGACAGGCUUUGAGCUGCACAGAGUGUAAACGACGCAAAAUCCGAUGUGAUAGGGCGCAGCCGUGUGGACCGUGUGCGAGGAGGGGGGACGAGGCCAAGUGUCAGUGGCACGUUGUGGAGACAGCAUCUGAAAAGUAUGUUCCUCGUGCAGAGCACGAUGCCCUUCGACGACGAGUCGAGACGCUAGAGAAUUACCUCAGGCGAAUCCCCCCUCCAAUCCUCGGUUCUCUCCCACCAUUUCCUGGUCUUAUGCCUCCGAAUAGCGCGCCAUUCUCGGGAAGCCCAUUGCCACAUAUAGGCCUUCCACCACCGCCUGUACCCGGCCCUGUUCCGCCGUAUGAAACUCCAUAUCAUUACCCGCUCUAUCCAGUCUCUGUUGCGGGUCGGUUCGACGCCUCCGCCUUUGGACCACCCCCACCGCCCUUUGUACAUGGACACCCGGUCUAUUCGCCGACACCCGAAAUGACUACGAUAACAACGGGUGGAUUAUCACCUGCGACGCUUGUUCCCCGUGCUAAGACAAGCUCGCCCAGCCACAGUCGUCGUCUGCCGCCGACGGAAACAGCAUUCGGUUCUUCCUCCAACCAAGCGCAGCGGCCGCCUGUUCAUCGUCGUCGUGCCAGUGCCUAUGAGCAUACCUAUUCUGGGUAUCCACCGCCUCCCCUGCGGCCGUUACUUCCUCGCCAACCCGAAACGACCGAAACUCCUGGCGUAUCUAAUGCAUCUCAAGGCGCAAGUAAUGCUCCGACCGAAAGUAGCGACCAUUUUCGAGCAGAAGAAGACAGUGGAAGCGGGGGCGCAGCUCGUGAUCUGGCACCGGUAGCAGGGGACACACACGAUAAUCAAGCAGUCACAAGCGACAACGGGAGAAAUCAGGAAGACCAAAACAACUCAGGUCGUGUUGGUAGCAUCAGCCAUCUCCUGUUGGCCUCGCUCUCGACUUCACCGUUGUCGACGACCCCGAUCCAGCCCGUUUGCGUUCUGCGAGUUGAUGCUGUUGUCGCGGAGGAAGCGGACUCUGUAUUCGAUGGACUUAUGCCCGCAGAGGCCUUGGUGGAGACGUCCAGUCCCGGCCUCGCGGUCGCGCCUAUCCAUGUGCCAACAGGCAGAGCCACCCCCAUUCUCUCUGCGAAACGCAAUGCUCUGAAGGCGUUUGAGGGAGCCACUGUGACCGUUGAUGGAGCCUGUCGGGUCGUUGCUACUUGCAAGCCACCGUCCCAGACAUCGUGCUCAAGCUCUCGUCGUGGCUGUGGUGUUACUCUCGCGCGCUCAAGGGUCGGACGCAGCACGACCACUCGGAAAAAUUAUCGAUGUCAAUUAUGUCUCGGAACGCGUCGCUGCCCCCGCGCUCACCAUCCAUGA